AAGAGACUGCAGGAGAAAAAGGCAAAAUGCUCCAGGCAAGUCAGAGUCACUACUAACCCAGAAACUUUUUUUCUGUGCUCUGCAUACUUGGCAGCAUCACUUGAAACGAAGUCCAGGCUCCUAAUUGUCAUGUUGAAGCUUUUAUUGUGAACUGAAAUGCUCAUAUUUUUUUGUGGAGGCUAAGCAAACAGAUCUCUGACAUCGUGGUUUACAGAAGCAGCACAUCAUGAUGACAAAUGCAACAAAUUGCACCAUGGAGCAAAUAAAAUUUCAUUACUAUAUUCAACUCAUUCCACUCUUUUUUCAUAUCCCAGUUUUUAUUUUUGGAGCAAUAUUUAAUGCCCUUGCACUGUGGGUGUUCUGCUGCAAAGUGGUCAAAAGGACAGAAACCAAAAUCUACAUGAUCAAUCUGGUCAUCGCUGACUGUUCUCUGGUCUGUGUAUUGCCUUUUUUGAUAUAUUUCCGCCUGAAGAACUGGCCCAGAAAUGAAGCAUGCUUAGCUGUAGAAAUAAUGUAUAUGGUAAACAUGUUAAUGAGCAUCUAUAUUAUCACUGCCAUUACAGUUGACAGAUACAUUGCAAUAAAGCAUCCUCUGAAAGCAAAGAGUUUAAGAUCUCCAUUGAAGGCAGCUGUUACCUGUGGGCUUCUUUGGCUAUUAGUGAUAAUUAGCUUGUAUUUACGUCGAAGAUCAGUGAAUGAAAGUAUAUGCUUACAAAAGAUUUCCACCAGACCAACAACCUUUUUACCAUUUUUUUUUGCCUUUGGUUUUCUCAUUCCUUUAAUAAUCUUGAGCUCUUGUUCAAUACAAAUUAUCAAGACUCUUAGAAAAAGGAUUCACACAAAUCCACAUGAAAAAAAAAUAUUCCAGAAAGGUAUCUAUGUUGUUUCUGCAAAUAUGACUGUAUUUACAGUAUGUUUCUCACCCUUCUGUAUUGGGGAAUUUGCUAGGUUUGUGAUGGAAAAUGGUACAGUUAGCUGCUUUGCUAUUCAGAAUGUUAGGAACUUUAAUUUUAUAGCCAUGAGCAUAGCAAAUUCUAACUGCUGCCUGGAUACCUUUUGCUAUUAUUUUGUAGCCAAAGAAUUACAGGAAGUUUUUUUCUUUUCCAAAUCCAAUUGUUCUGGGACAAAUCAAACCUGUUCAUCCCAAAGGCAGAUAAAUGUAACAGUGAUGUAACAACAUUGCCAUGCAAAAGCUAGAAAUAACAAGAGAAAAAACAACCUUUAUCAGUCUUGGAUACUGAUAGCAAUGUUUCAUCUCUAAUGAUUUAUUGUUGUUGUCGAUGCAAAUGAAAUAGAAUCAAACUUUCUUCUGUCAAACUUUUUAAAGAUUUUGGACUCGGGGCCUAUUUUAUAGCAAAGAGGUAGGCUGAGUUGGGCAAAACUCACAGGAUAUGGCAUGAUAUACCCUAACCACCCACAGACAUAUAGUUCCUGAAGUAAUAUCAGACAAGUAUGCUGCUGAAACAUCUCAGCUUGUAACUGUUGGACAGACUAGAGGUCCUGUGCCCGUGAUUAUUUUGCUAAGGCUUCAGCAAAACCUUGGCUCAACAAGGCCUCAGUUUCUAACAGGUCUUCCCACCCCUCUUUGCCCCUCUUCUCCUUAGUUUAAUAAGGCCUCAGCUUGUAAGCAAGUUCCCUGGAAAAGACCAGGCUGGGUCGAGCUGCCAAAAUAUAUAUUGAGCAGGAAGUUUCAAGGAUCUUGCAGAUCACACCUCGAAGAUAAGUCAAGUGACACAUCUCCCAGGAAGACAGGAAGGUCUGAAGGGAUAUUCAGCACUAAGGGGGCAAUUAAUUGGUGCACAUACCAAAGUAUUGAAAUGGGGUACAUCAUCAUGAGCAUCUCUUUAAUAACUGGUGAUUUGUUGUCUUAUGUAAUUAUUGGAAUCUGAUUGGUUUCUAUAGUUAUUUGAUGUAUAGCUAUGGUAUAAAAAUAUAGCUAUUCAAUCACACUUUGGACAUAUAAACUUCUAUGCACAUCCCUUCUGCAAACCAGUUUGAUCACCUGGCUGCCAGUGAUUAAAGAUUUUAUAAUUAUA